AUGUCGGCUCCUACAGGCGUUCGUGGCCUUUUGGCGAAGUUCGAAAACAACAACGUCAGCAACAUAUCGACUUCUCCGCCGUCUCGAGGCCGCUCUCCUGCCGGGUCAGACCACUCCGCUGCUGGCAGGCCGCUGUCCAAGGUCCGCGCUAGCUUUGUCGCCGUCGAACGCAACAUACCAGGCACCUCGGGUUCCCCUAUACUCGGCCUCAAGAGAGUAGGCGAAGCUGGAGAGUCCUUUGGUGCGCCCCCACGAAGCGUGACAGACGAGAUGGGCAGCCCAAUUGAUAGAAACACCACCCGCACCCCGGUGGACAGUACCUCACCGAGGAAAUGGGGCACCCCCCAGCAGCAGCAACAGCAGAACAGCCUGGACGGGGUUGUCUCGCCUCGAAAGAUCUCUGAUCCGAUUGUGUCAAACGUGGAGGUGGACAAGACUGCUGCUGCUGUUGACGGCAAGUCCAAGGCCGGCCUGGGUGCUAUCCUGAAGGGAUCGCCCUUUGAAGACACCAGUGCUCCUCCGAGCCCGGCAAAGAGUCGACAGACCGGCAAACAGGCGAAUAAGACAGACGACAAGCCGAAUGGAAAGACGAAAACAGCUACUCCUACCACUGCUAGCGCUACAUCCAAGACUGGCUCACGUCUGGCCAACAGCUCUAGCUCUGCAGACAACAAGUCAAAAGCUACACCACGGCAGUCAGUGGCAGGUUCCAAGCCAUCCUCUGCUCCCAAGUCUGCCAAAUCCCCUGCUGUGCCAGGUACAACGGCAAAGGAAAGCGCACAGUCCCAAACUAUAAACGCAACCAAGAAGCUCAACAAAGUCCUACAAGAACCAGCAGGCAAAACUCACACUACCAGCACCACCAGCAGCAACAACAACAACACUGCUGCCAAACUCAAACCCGCUGCUUCAACUCACAAGAACGGCGGCCCCAAGUCUCCUACUCGUCCAACCCGCGCUCAUGACUCCAUGCUGGCUCCCACAGCGGCAUCCGCAGCAAAAGCACCCAACUCGUCACCGUCACGCCCAUCCAGCCGGACCAGCGUUCCUGCCAAUGCUACCAAAGCUCAAGCCCUGAGCCGCAAACCAUCAAGCUUACGUUCUUCCGCCCCUCGAACCACAGGUUCAUCCAAACCUUCUGCCCCGUCCGCCACUACCACCACAACCACAACCACGGUUCGCAAACAAGGUUCCCGUGCCUCCCUUGCACCACAACACUCUUCGUCCGCCCACGACAGGCCGACUUCUCGCGCCAGCGUCCCUAGCUCCAGACCCGUCGAUGACUCUUCUCUGGCAAGGCUAAUACGACCAACUGCGAGUUCAGCGAGUAAGAGGCAGGAGAAGCUCGAUAUUGCUAGUCCCCCCAGACUUGCUGCCAACAAGGCACACACUACCAAGAAACCAACUGCAGAAAAGACGAAUACGACAACGACGGCAGCAGCUCACACCGGAAGUCCUGCGAGAACCAAGUCGACUAAAUCGUCUGUACGACCUACUGCUGCACCUGAAGUGGCGCCACCGAAACCUGCUGCUGCUGAACCGGUACCUGUGAAAGAAGAAAAGCCUGUGGAACCAGUGAAGGACGAGAAAGAUUCUCCCGCCCCGGCUCCUGCUGAAGAUGAGGUUGAAGCUCACUCCCUGCCUGUAGUGGAAGAGACCGAACCUGAAGCUGCGAAAGCAGCUGAGGUAGAGGAGGAGAAGCCAGCGGAGGUUCAAACGGAGGCCAAGCAGGAAGAAACUAAGCCAAAGGAACCUCAGCCAGAGCCUCAAACUGAAGCUCAGGAUGAAGCUCAGGACGAGGUUAAGACUGAGAAUACUACUUCUACAGAGCCACAGUCAAAGGAGACUGAAGCCGUGGAAACUGAGCCAGAGGAGCCCAAGCCAGAAGAGACCAAGCCACAGGAACCAAAGUCUGAAGAAUCAAAGAAAGACCAACCAAAGCCCGUGGAAUCCGAGCCGGAGCAAAUUCCAGCAAAGAAUGUUGAGCCUACAGCAAUUGAAGCGUAG